UAGUGCUUGUCCCUACCAGUAGAGGCACACUCACCGAUCAUCCGGACCGGCUCGCCACUUAGUAUCUCACCGGAGUCACGCAGCUCUUCUCAACAGCGGCUGUUAAUAUCCAUUUUCUCUGAUAAUGGACGCGGGAUUCUUCCGCGGUACAAGUGCGGAGCAAGACAACCGGUUCAGCAACAAGCAGAAGAAACUGCUGAAGCAGCUGAAGUUUGCAGAAUGUCUGGACAAGAAGGUGGACAUGACGAAAGUGAACCUGGAAGUCAUCAAACCUUGGAUUACUCAGCGAGUGACAGAAAUUCUGGGGUUCGAGGAUGACGUCGUCAUAGAGUUCAUAUUUAACCAGCUUGAGGAGAAGCACCCAGAUAGCAAGAUGAUGCAGAUCAACCUGACAGGCUUCCUGAAUGGGAAGAAUGCCCGGGAGUUCAUGAGGGACUUAUGGCCCCUGCUGCUGAGUGCCCAGGAGAACAUUGCUGGCAUCCCCUCUGCUUUUCUGGAACAGAAGAAAGAGGAAAUCAAACAGAGACAGAUUGAACAGGAGAAACUAGCUUCUCUGAAGAAGGUCGAUGACGAUAAGAAAGAAAAGGACAUGAGAGAGAGAGCUCAGUCAAAAAGCCCAAGGAGGCGGAAAACGAGGUCGCCAUCACCGCGGCGGAGGUCGCCAGUGAAGCGGGAAAGGAAACGUAGCGCCUCACGCUCUCCAAGACGCAAACCCAGUCCAGUUGGGAGCAGUUCUCCCCCUCCACCCCUGAUGCAGCUUCCCACCAAACCUUUGGAGCAACUUGUGGAGCCUGAAACAUUAGGAACAGCCCUGCCAGAACCAGUCAUCCAAGAAACUCCUGCCACCUGUGACACAGUUGUGGAGGUGGUGAAACCAGAGUCUGUGACCGAAGUCAAAGAACCUUCACCAGAGAAGAUGCACAAGAAAGAGGAAAGGCCCAGGUCUAGGGAAAGGGAGAAGGAGAAGGACAGCAGGAGGGAAAGACCUCACCACCGAUCUCGUUCUCAUUCCCGCACUCGCAGGCGACGCUCCCGUUCCAGAUCUUACUCCCCUCGUAGAAGACCAAGUCCUAGGAGGAGGAUGUCUCCACGCCGAAGGAGUCCCCCCAGACGUGGCCCCGCUGGUUCCAGACACAGACAUAGACGCUCCCCACUCCGCAGGAGGCGCUCACGCUCUGCUUCAUCUUCUGGCAGCAGCUCCUCCAACUCCCGCUCGCCUAAAAAAGCAAUGAAGAGAAUUUCUAACACACCACCACGGAAACAGGGCCAUCAUCUUGACAACCCCAUCAGCCCUUCAGGGAAGGACAGACGAUCACCUUCUCCAAGGGCCAGAAGGGGCAGAGGCUCUGUAACACCACCCAGAUCAUCUGGUUUGAAGCGAAAACAAGGAGGAAGGAGUGAUUCUCCAUCUGAUAAUGCCAAGCCCAGGCCUUCUGAAGGGUCUGAUUCAGAGGAGGAUAAAAAUGACAAAGGGGCAACAGCAGAUUCGGUGCAGCAGCGGCGUCAGUAUCGCAGGCAGAAUCGACAGUCGUCUUCAGAUACAGGGUCGUCCUCCUCCGAAGACGAGGGACCCAAGAGGCCAGCAGCAGGGCCAGGGGCUAGAAAUGGGGAGGUCAGGAGGAGACGCAGCCGUACACCGUCCCCACGGAGGCGACACAGAGAUGCCUCUCCAAGGAAAAGACGUUCUCCUUCUCCUGGACGCAGACGUCGCACUCCCUCCCCCCCACGACGCCGCAGAUCUCCCUCUCCUAGAAGAAGGUCUCCUUCCCCACCUCCUCGUCGUCGUUCCCCAUCCCCCAGGAGAUAUUCUCCCCCUAUCCAGCGUCGCUACAGCCCUUCACCUUUGCCUCCACAGAAGAGGAAGAUGUCUAGCUCUCCCACGAAACGCUCUUCUCCAGGGGCCAAGCGACGCCCCUCCAGGUCCCCGAAGCGCAGGAGUUCUCCUCCUCAAAGGAGACGCGCGUCCCCAUCCUCAUCCCCACCCAGACACAGGAGGAGCCCCAUGUUGCCUUCUGCCAGGCAGAGCAGGGAUACACGAUCCCCUGGUGCAGCAGCCAGACGCCUCUCCCCAUCCCCUGCAAACCGCGGUCGUACUCUUAGGGGAUCCACAAGUCCUCAGGGACGGUUUGAAACCUCCAGUACAUCUCCAUCUAACCAGCGGAGACAGCAGUCCCCUUCACACAGUGGCAAACCCAUCCGCAGAGUGUCCCGCACCCCAGAGCCACGCAAUAACCAGAGACCAUCUCCAAGUCCCCAGCCCCUGAGGAGAGCAUCCUCCAGAUCCAGAUCUGUUUCUCCUCAACCAGCAGUUCAAAAACGUCCAGCCCCGGCAUCUGCCUCCCCCUCACCGUCUCGCUCUGCCAGUGGAUCUCCACCACCAGCCAAAAAAGCAAACAGUGGUUCCGGCAGCCAAUCCCCAAGCAAGAAUUCAGAUGUUGACGGCAGCGGAAAGAAAAAGAAGAAGAAGAAGGAAAAGAAACACAAGAAAGAGAAGAAACACAAGAAGCACAAGAAGCAUAAGAAGGAGAAAAGUGGAGGCGCUGUGACUGCAGAGGGACAAGAAAACCAGGGUGUGGAGGAGGAUGGAGAGUCAAGAAAGGAAUCAGACAGUGAAGUAGAGGACAGCUUAGACGACCUGGAGAAGCACCUUAGAGAGAAGGCCCUGCGCUCCAUGAGGAAGGCCCAGUCGUCUCCAUCACAGACGUCCUGAAAACAGAAGGGGGCUUUCUCACUUUAGAAUUUUCCACUCACUCUUGAUGUUUGUCAUCAACCUGGUUCAGCUUUAGAAUGUACAAAUUGUUAAAUCUUGAGUCUUUUUUUGUUUGUUUUAUAUUUACUGGUUUGGUACAUUCUGAAGAGUGUGUUUCUUUAAGAGCCUGAUUUGUCAGUUAGUGUAUUAUCUUAACUGUAAAGAAGCUUGUGUUGUCCAUAAUUUUAAAUUGUUGAGCAGGGAAACGGUUUGAGUUUGGCAGGUUUAAGAUUUUUCCACAGCCUACAAUAGAUUCCAUUGAGAAAUGAUUGCAUGUGCAGUGAUUGUCUCUGAUGUGCAUGCACCACUGACCUUAUGGAGUGUAGACAAAAACCAACAUUCAGUAACAUACUGUUACUACCGCCUUUUAUUAGUGGACACAGUUGUGAACUGUUAGAGGCCGUAACAGAAUGUCUCGUCCCAUAUUGUAACUUAAGAGAGGUGUUUAGCAUCAUUUAACCUGCUGUUUUUUCUGACUUUGAAACUGUCUUGUUUUAAGACUAAAACAAUCUGAUGUGAUACAGAGUAUGCUUUAAUUUUUUCAAAUGGAUUAAUAUGCAAUUUUAUGUUGACACCCUUGCACCAAGCUAAUCUCUGUGGGACUGCUAUAUUAUUUGAAUUUAGUGCCCUUGGCUCUUGUCAUCUUGUCAUCCUUUCAGAAUUAAAACCUUUUUAUAGGA